GCUAGCAGCGCAGCAUCUCUUCACCAUUCAAGAAGCUAAAAGCUAACGUUAGCAGUUUAAAAGCGCUACUGUUUUUCAUUCAGCACUUCAUUCAUUUGUGUUUUUGAGGAGAGUGUGCUUCGCAUUAAUUCCGAACAGUCAUGGCAGCGGAUUGGUUGGGCAGUUUGGUGUCAAUUAACUGUGGGCCAACACUGGGAGUCUAUCAAGGAGAGGUGGUGUCUGUAGACCAGUCCAGCCAAACAAUCUCCUUAAGGCAACCUUUCCAUAAUGGAGUCAAGUGCCCUGUUCCCGAGGUCACAUUCAGUGCCAUUGACAUAAAGGAACUAAAGAUUUUAGAUAUCAGGAAUGGCAAUACUAGGAACAGCUCCUCCACAUCUACAAAGAUAAGCAGUGCUCCAGUUGCAGUCCCAAAAGGUGACCCCAGGUCUGUGGAGAAACUCAACUCUCCUCAGCACUGCUCCAAAAGCUACGGAGAACGUCACCUGGACAUACCCGGUCAGCCAAAAGCAUUUCGACGAAGACACAACUCCUGGUCAUCCAGUAGUCGAGGGCCAAACCAAGCAACACCGAAAAAGAAUGGUUUGAAGAAUGGUCAGAUGAAGCACAGAGACGACGAGUGUUUUGGGGAUGGCAUGGACGACGGGCUGGAUACAGACUUUGACUUUGAAGGAAACUUGGCUCUUUUUGACAAAGCAGCAGUUUUCUCAGAAAUUGACAUAUCAGAGCGCCGGAAUGGUGCACGGUCACGUGGGACACCUCAAGAGCAGACACCCACACGGUAUCGUCAUGAUGAAAACAUCCUGGAGGCCAAACCUAUUGUGUACAGACAGAUUACUGUACCGCAGCCUGGGGCCAAAGAGUACUGCACUGACUCAGGGCUUGUUGUACCCAGUAUAUCCUAUGAAUUACACCAGCGUCUGUUGUCAGUCGCUGAGCGUCAUGGUCUCUCACUGGAGCGAAGACUUGAGAUGACUGGAGUGUGUGCAAGUCAGAUGGCACUUACGUUGCUGGGUGGGCCCAACAGAUUUACUCCGAAAAAUUUACACCAGCGUCCCACAGUGGCUCUGCUGUGUGGCCCUCAUGUUCAGGGAGCUCAGGGCAUCAGCUGUGGUCGUCACCUGGCCAACCAUGAAGUGGAGGUCAUCCUGUUUCUGCCCAAUUUUGUCAAGAUGCUGGACUCAGUCACAAACGAGCUCACACUCUUCAACAAGACUGGUGGCAAACAAGUGUCAAAUAUCAAAGACCUUCCAGACACCCCGGUGGAUUUAAUCAUAAACUGCCUGGACUGCCAUGAGAACACAUUCCUGAUGGAUCAGCCUUGGUACCGAGCAGCUGCUGACUGGGCUAACCAGAACCGAGCGCCAGUGCUCAGCUUAGACCCUCCUGCUAGUGGACAGGGGCAGGCGGUUGAGGCCAAGUGGUCCCUCUCUCUUUGUCUCCCCCUUGCCUUGGCUGAGGGGGCUGGCAGCGUUUACCUGUGUGACAUAGGUAUUCCUCGCCAGGUGUUCCAGGAAGUGGGAAUCAAGUACCUGUCCCCUUUUGGCUGCAAAUUUGUCAUCCCCUUGCACUCUGCAUAAUGGGACUAAUGGUCUUCAUGACAAAUUGAAUCUUUCACACUCCAUGACCAUUUGGGUUUUGGCGCCUUAUAUUCUAGAGUUCAUCCGUUAAGUUUCUAACUCUUGAACAUGUGAAUGGGACCACCGUUUGGUACAUUAGUUCUACAAGGACUAAGUGCAUAUGGAUAGAAUAGGAAAGAGCUUUAAUACAAACUAAAUGUGUUGACCAUCAGAGGCUUCAGCCACUAUGUAGAUAGCUUUGUAUUGACAUAUUACAAGAUAUUUGGAAGAUAGAUUUUUUCAAAAACACAGCUGAAGUGUCAAAAAUAAUACCACAGUGUUUAGUUUUAGAUUGAAUAGGACAAUCUCUGACUUUAAGUGGAAAAAAAAUCUCAUUCUCAUUGUAAUCUAACCUCAUUCCAAAGCCAUCUGCUGAAUAAACUGAGAUCCACCAUAUAAGACACAAUUUUGAUGUUCUUACAAUAAUCUGGUUGAGACAACCGAUUUACAUUGGUGUUAAAUGGCUUGGCUUACAGCCUGCCAUGCUCUGCAGUAAUCUGUGACUGUCGUUUAUGUGAGUUGUUUUGUAUUUUCAAACUAAACCGUUGUGAAGUGAAGCAGAGAACCAGAUAGCAGCAGUUCUGUUUGUCCAUGGUAAAGUGGACUGUCAUGAUAAGGGCUUUGAUAAGAUGACACAGCAAGCAAAACCUCUAGAGUUCCUGCCUUUUUGUGAAUAAAGAAAAAGGUCUACUUACUACAGUUUGGUACAACAGUGAGCCGAAGUCAAAACGUCACGUCUAGAUUAGCCUCUGUUCCAGUAGCUUCUGUCACUCAAAGUAACCUCUCAUUUCUUUUAUUAUUGGUGUCAAGAUGGCCAAGAAAGUUUGACAUCCACCACAGCAAUUAUUAUUAGAAGUUUAAAACCUUUGUCACGUUAACAAAGUUAAACUAUGAUUACUUCGUUAGCAUAGAAAAGAAAAUACACUUCCUAUGAAAAAACAAGCGUGAUUACUUCUGUCAUUGUAACUUGGUUGACGUCCACAUCCAUAAAAAUAUACAGGGCUUUAAUUAAAGUAACUGUGUUCGUUACAGACUCUUAUAAACAUAAACAUCGCAAAAAAAAAUUUAAUGACAUUGUUUUUCAAAAAACUAAACCGUAGACUGUAAUAAAGAUGGACGACUUGUUUAUGCUUCCUCUGACUGUACAGAAAUGAAGCCCAAAUAUCCUGAAUGCGCUGCUGAAGUCAUUUGGAGCCACAGUCUGCGCAGUAAUGAUCAGGAAGUGGAGGUGCAUUAUCGGGGGCCCACCCAUACACCCGACUGACUCAAUCGUGAGUCAGUCGCAACUGUCAAUAAUGAUGUCGCAAUAACUAAUUAAAACCAAACUAAUGAGAAAAAAACGAACACUUUAACUUAAAUGAGCGUGAUAAGAACUAGGUUUAAGUGAAAGAAUCCGUCUUCGGAAAUACUUAUUUGAUGUGCACAAUUUUUAGUUUGGCUCAUGUCCCAUUCGCUAACAUAGAGGAGGUGGUGUUUAUGACGUGUACAGCAGCCAGCCACCAGGGGGCGAGCAAGAUGUUUUUGCUUCCCUUAUUGGGAGUUACGUCCAUCUUUGCAGUCUGUGGUCUAAACUUGUGAUGUGAGAAAGACUGUUCCAAAGCUAGAUUUUUAGUUAUCAGAGUGGUAACAAAUGUCAGUGAGAUGUUAAAUGACAUGUUCUCUGGAACAGAACCUGGAAGUUGCGGCUUCACUUUGCCUCUCUGUUGUAUCUGUUAAAGGACCACACCUUAAGUAUGUAAGUUUUAGUUCUUUAACUAUACAUCAUGUGUAUCACAUGUGUUCUCAAGUUCUGUUCUUUUUAAAAUGCAGAGUACAAUUUCAUUUUUAAAUAUAUUUUUUUUAUUGGUUUCCAAUUAUAAGAGUAUAAAAAAAAUUAUCAUCAUUUUAGAGCUCUGUUAUGUUUCAAAUCCAUCACAGCAAACACUGCGGUGACUAAAUUAUUCUUGUGUGGUAAUGUAGUUUAAUUGCAGAUUUCAAAAGUCUGCACAGCAUUACUCUGACAAAUGAAUGCGUACUUGUUUGCGAUAGACUAAAGUUUCAAGAGAAUCCUUGUAGACUGGAAAUGAAUAAAAGCUAAUGAAUGCUUGAUGGACAAAUCACAUCUAAAUUUCUAAAACAUAGCAGCAUGGUUUGCAGAUGGUUAAUUGGAUUUGUAAUAAAUAGUGGUAUUGUC